ACUGGCACAAGAGCUUCUCUUCUCACUUCGACAAGUUUUAACUUAUUGCUGGAAAGAGCGUCUGCUGUCGAUUGUCUUCUAGAAGAAGAAGGAGAGUUGUGGGUGAGACAUGAUGGAGCGCUACAGGCACUUACACAGGAUCAUUCUCAUGGUUGUUCUGCAAGGGGGGUUCCCAGGUUCGUACAGUCAGGAUCGGGCCAUUACCCUCCCUGAAUCCAUCAGAGUAUUGAGAGGAUCCUGUGUGGAGAUUCCCUGCACAUUUACCGACCCCAUGGGCUUUGAAAACUCCAAUCUGAUCUGGUACAAGAAAUCAUUAUCAACUUAUGAAAUUAUUUUUGACCAACAUUAUCCAUCUCAAAUAAAUGAACGUUACAGAGGCCGCACUUCCCUGGUCGGCAAUGAGCCAAACAGCUGCUCCCUGAGGAUUAAUGAUGUGCAAGAAAGUGGCACUUAUUAUCCCUAUAUAUAUGGGAACUGUGAUGAUAUCACUGAUUGUUACACUGUGAGCAUCUCCGUUACAGAUGUUCCCAGUAGGCCAGCAAUACAGAUACCCACAGAUCUAACUGAGGGGAAACGUGCCCCCAUCUCCUGCUCUGUAGAACACACGUGCCCCCCCAGCCCCCCUACUCUACAGUGGAACAGAGCUGGGUAUAAACUCACUGACAGGCAGCAGAGCCUUAAGGAUGGAGUAUGGAAAGCUGAGACUGUAAUGGAAUAUCUCCCCUCCUACCGGGAUCAUGGGGCUGAACUUGAAUGUAAAGCUACGUAUCCAAAUGGGCUCAGAUCCCAACGCCGGGUCACUUUAAACAUAACAUUCUCUCCAAAAAACACAAGAAUUGUUAUAUCUGAUGGGAAGAAGGAAAGGAAAGAAGGUGAUGCCGUGAGUUUAACCUGUGAAAGUGAUGCCAACCCUGCUGCCAAUGCCUUUACCUGGUACAACAAUAAGAGAGAUGGAACUGUAGAGCUGAGGGAGGAGCAGGGGCGGAGCAUAACUGUGACUGUGGGGCGGGGCAGAGAGACAUUCUCCUGCACUGCAAGGAACCCACUGGGAACUGAAAACUCCACUCUAUCUGAGCUGCAGGUUUUAUUCUCUCCAAAAAACACAAGAGUUCUUAUACCUGAUGGGAAGAAGGAAAGGAAAGAAGGUGAUGCAGUGAGUUUAACUUGUGCCAGUGAUGCCAACCCUGCUGCCAAUGCCUUUACCUGGUACAACAAUAAGAGAGAUGGAACUGUAGAGCUGAGGGAGGAGCAGGGGCGGAGCAUAACUGUGACUGUGGGGCGGGGCAGAGAGACAUUCUCCUGCGCUGCAAGGAACAUAAUUGGAGAUGGAAAGUCUACUGUUUUGGGUCUGCAGGUUUUAUAUAAAGCCAAAGACGUCAUAAUAGAAGGAAAAGAUGAAGUGAAGGAAGGAGCAGCCCUGGAGCUUGAAUGCCAUUUCUCAGACUAUAACCCACCAACAACUCAGUACAGCUACAGCUGGUAUCUAAAUGGGAAUCCUGUGAAUGGGGAGACUGGCAGAAUAUUACAGAUAAAUAACAUUACAGAGUCCCAUUCUGGCAACUACAGCUGCAAUGUGCAGAACGGAGCGGGACCUUCCUCUUCCCCAGGCUUUGCUGUUACACUGACGUCUGCAACGACUGGAGAGGAACAGCUCACAACAGUCAUAUCCGGAAUAUCCAUAAUAUCCGGAAGUGUAGCUGGUGCUGUAUUGAUCAUACUAUUGAUUCUGGCCCUAUAUUUAUAUCUAAGAUACAGAAAGUCACAGAAAGGGGGAGCUUCAGGGGGCAGAAGAGUGGAGCCAGAUUAUCAGAAUUCCCAGCCCACUGAGAGUCCCUACGCUGCCCUUCAGAUGGGAGACACGGCCGUGUACGAUGUAAUGAAGAAUCCCCAGGCCACUGAGAGUCCCUACGCUGCCCUUCAGAUGGGAGACACGGCCGUGUACGAUGUAAUGAAGAAUUCCCAUUCCACCGAAAAUCCCUACGCUGCCCUUCAGCUGAGAGACGCGGCCCUGUACCAUGAUAUCAAGCUGAAAAAUUCAGAAAGACUUGAUAUUAAUCCCAAGUGAGAAAAAGGAACACGUGGGAUGUGCUGGGUCGUACCAACGAGCCUAUGAUGUCCCUUGUUGGUCACCUGUAGAAAGAAGAAUAGGCUUACUAACAGUCACUGAACUAUAAACAUAAAAUACCUAGGUCCUGUCAGGACCUGUCCAAUAAGUUAACUUUUAGUAUGUUAUAGAAUGGCCAAUUCUAAGCAACUUUUCAAUAGAUUUUCAUUACUUAUUUCUUAUAGUUUUUAAACUAUUUGCAGCUUUCAAAUGGGGGUCACUGACCCCGGCAGCCAAAAAACUAUUCCUCUGUGAGGCUACAGUUUUAUUGUUUUUGUUACUUUUUAUUACUUAUUCUUUCUAUUCAAAUCCUCUCUUAUUCAUACAUCAGUCUUUCAUCCAAACGACACCCUGGUUGCUAAGGUAAUUUGAAUCCUAGCAACCAAAUAACUGCUGAAACUCCAAACGGGAGAGCUGCUGAACAAAAACUGAAAUAAUCUGAAAAAACUAUAAAUAUUAAAAAAAGAAGACUAACUUGAAA